UCUGCUACUGGUUCUAGUGGACCGCUGAACUCCGUGAGAGAAGGAUCACGCGAAGCAAGAUGACCACUCCACAGACCGACCUCGAGAAAAGAAAGCAGAUCUCCGUAAGGGGGAUUGCUCAAGUUGAAAAUGUUGCUAAUGUCAAGAAGACAUUUAAUCGUCAUCUUCAUUACACUUUGGUGAAAGACAGAAAUGUGGCAACUCCCCGUGAUUAUUAUUUCACCCUUGCCCACACAGUCAGAGAUCACCUCACCUCAAGAUGGAUCAGAACUCAGCAGCAUUACUACGAGAAGGAUCCAAAGCGUGUUUACUACCUGUCCCUGGAGUACUAUAUGGGAAGGUCACUAACAAACACUAUGAUCAAUUUGGGCAUCCAGUCUGCCUGUGAUGAAGCUUUGUAUCAACUUGGUCUGGAUAUUGAAGAACUGGAGUCUCUGGAAGAAGAUGCUGGUCUGGGUAAUGGAGGUCUGGGACGUUUGGCUGCUUGCUUCCUUGAUUCCAUGGCCACUCUUGGAAUGGCUGCCUAUGGCUAUGGCAUUCGAUAUGAAUAUGGUAUCUUUGCCCAGAAGAUCAAGAAUGGAGAACAGGUUGAGGAACCUGAUGACUGGCUGCGUUAUGGUAACCCAUGGGAGAAGGCAAGACCAGAGUACAUGAUCCCAGUCAACUUCUAUGGCCGAGUUGAGGAUACACCCCAGGGCAAGAAAUGGGUUGACACUCAGAUUGUGUUUGCCAUGCCUUAUGACAACCCAAUUCCUGGCUACAAGAACAAUGUUGUUAACACCAUGAGGCUGUGGUCAGCUAAGUCACCUAACAAUUUCAACCUGAAGUUCUUCAAUGAUGGUGACUACAUUCAGGCUGUGUUAGACCGCAACUUUGCAGAAAACAUCUCUCGUGUGCUCUAUCCCAAUGACAAUUUCUUUGAGGGUAAAGAGUUGCGCUUGAAACAGGAAUAUUUCAUGGUAGCUGCCACAUUACAAGAUAUCAUCAGGCGCUUUAAGGCUUCCAAGUUUGGCUCUAAAGAUCAAGUUCGCACUUCCUUUGACACAUUCCCUGAUAAGGUGGCCCUCCAACUGAAUGAUACUCAUCCCUCAUUGGCUAUACCUGAACUGAUGCGCAUCCUGAUUGACAUUGAAGGACUUACUUGGGCUCGAGCCUGGGAUAUUUGUGUGAAGACAUGUGCUUACACUAACCACACAGUGUUGCCUGAGGCUCUUGAGCGCUGGCCAGUAAGUAUGUUAGAGCACAUCCUACCAAGACACCUGCAGAUCAUCUAUGAGAUCAACCACCUUCACCUGCAAGAAGUUGCUAGAAGGUGGCCAGGUGAUAACGAUCGUCUGGGACGCAUGUCUCUGGUAGAAGAACACGGUGAAAAGCGAAUCAAUAUGGCCCACUUAUGUAUUGUUGGGGCACAUGCUGUUAAUGGCGUUGCAGCAAUACACUCCGAGAUUAUCAAGAGGAACAUUUUCCAUGAUUUCGCAGAAAUGACACCAGACAAAUUCCAGAAUAAGACCAAUGGUAUUACUCCCCGUCGUUGGCUGUUGCUGUGUAACCCUGCCCUUGCUGAUGUCAUUGCAGAGAAGAUUGGUGAAGAUUGGGUAGUUCAUUUGGAUCAGUUGGCCAAACUCAAAUCUUUUGUAAAUGACAGUGGCCUCAUUCGUGCUGUCCAGACAGCUAAGCAGGAGAACAAGUUACGACUGGCAAAGCAACUGGAACAGGAGUAUGGUAUCAAGAUCAAUCCUUCUUCCAUGUUUGAUAUCCAAGUAAAGCGUAUCCAUGAGUACAAGCGUCAGCUUCUAAACUGCCUCCACAUCAUCACCUUGUAUAACCGCAUCAAGGCCAACCCAAGUGGUAAAUUUGUACCUCGCACUGUAAUGAUUGGUGGAAAAGCUGCACCUGGCUAUCACACAGCCAAACAGAUCAUCCGUCUCAUCUGUUCAGUGGCUCGUGUUGUCAAUAAUGACCCCAUUGUUGGUGACAAACUGAAAGUUAUUUACUUGGAGAACUAUCGUGUUACACUAGCUGAGCAGAUUAUCCCAGCUGCUGAUCUUUCUCAGCAGGUUUCCACUGCUGGCACUGAGGCUUCUGGCACUGGCAACAUGAAGUUCAUGCUCAAUGGAGCUCUCACAAUUGGAACACUAGAUGGUGCUAACAUUGAAAUGAUGGAAGAGAUGGGUAGGGAAAAUAUUUUCAUCUUUGGCAUGACUGUAGAUGAAGUUGAGGAACUUAAACGCAAGGGCUAUAAUGCAUAUGAAUUCUACAACAAGUUACCAGAGCUACGCCAGUGCAUUGAUCAGAUUCAAAGUGGAUUCUUCUCUCCUAAUAAUCCUGACCAGUAUAAGGAUUUGAUCAACAUCCUUAUGAAUCAUGAUCGUUUCUUCCUCUUUGCUGAUUUUGAAUCCUACAUUCAGUGCCAGGACAGUGUAAACAAAUUGUACCAAAAGCCAACAGAAUGGACGAAGAAGGCCCUUCUUAACAUUGCAUCAUCUGGCAAAUUCUCAAGUGACCGCACAAUUGCUGAAUAUGGACGGGAGAUCUGGGGAGUAGAACCAUCUUGGGAGAAGCUUCCAGCUCCUCAUGAGCCUCGAGAGACAGAAGCUUCUGAGGAGAAGUAAGUGUAGCCUCUGGGAAAGAUUGUUAUGGAAUGUCAAAUAUGAAAGGUAGCUUUGAGACACAUAAUUGGGACAUUAUAAUCACUAUAAUUCCAAGCUUCAGAUGAAUUUGUUAAUUAUCCUUAAAUAAUUUACUGUAAUUAGGAGUACAGUAGUGUAUAAUGCAUUAACUUCAUUUUAUUUACCUUAUCCAUUUAUCGCUGCUAUACAUUGUUGAUGUUGCUUGUACUGCAGAAGGUUUUUUUACUCUUAGAGAUGGCAAAUUAUGUAAGGGUUAUGACUGCUGAACAAUAUACAAGCAUGGAUUAAGCAUUGUUACCCUUAAAAAGUGAUAUAUGAUGUCACCUAGUCAAUGACAUAUGCUCCAUUUCAUAGGCUAGCCAUUAAAUCAAAGAUAUUGUCUCGUGUUAUGUGCCAAUACAGUAGUACCAUUCAUUUUCUUACUUGCAAAUUGGUUCCUAUGCAAUUUUUUUUCUGUAAAUAUAAUCUCAGUGCUACCAAUUUUAUAGGCCUAUAAUUUGGUAUUUUUCUGAAUGAUGUAACUGGCAAUAAGUAAGUGAAAAGUUUGUUGGUUAAAGAGUGUAAAGCUUAAGUAUAUUGAAAAUUAUUGUAUUAUAUUUUAUAAUUAUUGAAACAUGUCCACUGGCAUAUUUGUUAUGAGAUAAAUCAGUGUUUUAUAUUUUAAUUUUAUUUCUGAUUUGCAGAAUAAAGUUAGUCUUUGAA